AUGAUCGAGGAGGUCAAGGUCCAGUUUCUAGUGGCCCCGGGACAAAGUGUAAGUUUAAAAUUUGAAUUUUUUUAAUUUUGGGCUGAUGACGUCAAGCUGAACCGCAAGACAAUGGUCGUGAUCAAAGUCGAGAUGGAGGGUGCUGGAGUUACCAUCAUCGAGUUCGGCGACGUUCUUCAGACAUUGAACGGCGAAAGCUUGUGGAAUGGCCAACAUCAACAAGUUCCAGAGCUUGUACAAGAAGCUGGCGGCCAAAGGAUUCACCGUAAGUUUUUUUGUAAGGUUUAUAGUUUUUUUUAAAAAACGAAAAAAAUGUAAUUUUAGUGCGAAAUCACGUUGCUCCGACCGGUCAACGUCCUUCCUCUGGACACCAAGAGUCUUCCCAUGGACCAACGACAGGAAGGCUUCUCGUACAUGUUGGCCGUUCUGUACCAAAUUGAGGGACGGCCAUUGAAACUUCACGUUGGAGCUUGGGGCAAUAAAGUCUACGUGCUAACAAGGAAAGGUCCCCACCACGCAUUGGACUGGUGA